UUUGAGCAUAAAUGCCUUUGCUAACAUUUUUAUAUGUCUGAUCUUUUCUUCCCUGUUUCCAACUCAGAGAGAGUUGAUAAGUGCUUCAGUUUAAUCAGGCUGCUCUUGUUCUAUCUUCUUUCUUCGCUGAUCUUGCUCAGUCAGGGGGGCUUUGCUCCUGGUUUACAGGUUUAGGUGGGUUUUUGGGGGGGUUUUCUGCUUGUGCUGUGGGUUUGGUUUUGGUUUUCAAACAUGAAAUGAGUUGACUUUUCACAUUUUGUGGUGGCUGGAGGACAGAAUUAAAAGGAAAGGACAGGCACCCUGAGGUUGUCUAGUGCUUUGCAGCCGCAGCAGGCUGCUCCACGGUGGGGGGAGCUUUAUAAACAGUGUCUACUGCUAAGUGUGCUACCCCUUUAAGAGACUGGUCAAGGAGUCCUAGCUCAGAGAGAGAGAGAAAGAGAGAGAGAGAGAAAAUCAAUCGGUUUAGAAGGUUUGGACUCACUUGACAGGUUCAGUUGGAGGCGAUCAUAGGUGGCUGCUGUGACAAAGGGAAAUUGUGCUUUUCCAGCAUGCUAACUGACCCUGAUUUACCUCAGGAGUUUGAAAGGAUGUCUUCCAAGCGACCAGCCUCUCCGUAUGGGGAAGCAGAUGGAGAGGUAGCCAUGGUGACAAGCAGACAGAAAGUGGAAGAAGAGGAGAGUGACGGGCUCCCAGCCUUUCACCUUCCCUUGCAUGUGAGUUUUCCCAACAAGCCUCACUCUGAGGAAUUUCAGCCAGUUUCUCUGCUGAGUCAAGAGAAUUGUGGCCAUAGGACUCCCACUUCUCAGCACAACACAAUGGAAGUUGAUGGCAAUAAAGUGAUGUCUUCAUUUGCCCCGCACAACUCAUCUACCUCACCCCUGAAGGCAGAAGAAGGUGGGCGUCAGAGUGGAGAGUCAUUGUCCAGCACAGCUCUGGGAACCCCUGAAAGGCGCAAAGGGAGCCUAGCAGAUGUUGUAGAUACCCUAAAGCAGAGGAAAAUGGAAGAGCUCAUCAAAAAUGAGCCAGAAGAAACUCCCAGUAUUGAAAAGCUACUAUCAAAGGACUGGAAAGACAAGCUUCUUGCCAUGGGAUCAGGGAACUUUGGAGAAAUAAAAGGGACUCCAGAAAGCCUAGCUGAGAAAGAAAGGCAGCUUAUGGGUAUGAUCAAUCAGCUGACCAGUUUACGGGAGCAGCUGCUGGCAGCUCACGAUGAACAGAAGAAACUGGCUGCGUCACAAAUUGAGAAACAACGCCAACAAAUGGAGCUAGCUAAACAGCAACAAGAACAGAUUGCAAGACAGCAGCAGCAGCUCCUGCAGCAGCAACAUAAAAUUAACCUUCUGCAGCAACAGAUCCAGCAGGUCCAAGGACAGCUGCCUCCAUUAAUGAUUCCAGUAUUCCCUCCAGACCAACGAACUCUAGCAGCAGCUGCUCAGCAAGGAUUCCUCCUUCCUCCUGGUUUCAGCUACAAGGCAGGAUGCAGUGACCCUUACCCUGUUCAGCUGAUCCCAACUACCAUGGCAGCUGCUGCCGCAGCAACACCAGGCUUAGGCCCACUUCAACUGCAGCAGUUGUAUGCUGCCCAACUUGCUGCAAUGCAAGUGUCUCCAGGAGGCAAGAUACCUGGCAUACCCCAAGGCAACCUUGGUGCUGCUGUAUCCCCUACCAGCAUCCACACAGACAAGAGCACAAACAGCCCUCCACCCAAAAGCAAGGAUGAAGUGGCUCAGCCACUGAACCUCUCAGCCAAGCCCAAGACAUCAGAUGGCAAAUCUCCCACAUCGCCCACCUCUCCUCAUAUGCCAGCUCUGAGAAUAAACAGUGGGGCCAGUUCACUUAAAUCUUCUGUGCCAGCAACAUUAGCUAGCCCUUCAGCCAGAGCUAAUACAAUAGAUAUCCUUUCUUCUAUCACGUCGUCAGGUUAUUUAAAUGACCACGAUGCUGUUACCAAGGCAAUUCAGGAGGCCCGACAGAUGAAGGAGCAGCUUCGGAGGGAGCAACAGGUGCUUGAUGGGAAGGUGGCGGUUGUGAAUAGUCUGGGUCUCAAUAACUGCAGGACAGAAAAGGACAAAACAACACUGGAGAGCCUGACUCAACAACUGGCAGUAAAACAGAAUGAAGACGGGAAGUUUAGCCACGCAAUGAUGGAUUUCAACAUGAGCGGAGAUUCUGACGGAAGUGCAGGUGUCUCAGAAUCUAGAAUUUAUCGGGAAUCCAGAGGGCGUGGCAGCAAUGAGCCCCAUAUCAAGCGUCCAAUGAAUGCCUUCAUGGUGUGGGCUAAAGAUGAGCGAAGAAAGAUCCUUCAAGCCUUCCCCGACAUGCACAACUCCAAUAUCAGCAAGAUACUUGGAUCUCGCUGGAAAGCUAUGACAAAUCUAGAGAAGCAGCCAUACUAUGAAGAACAGGCCCGACUCAGCAAACAGCACCUGGAAAAGUACCCAGACUACAAAUACAAGCCAAGGCCAAAGCGUACCUGUCUUGUAGAUGGCAAAAAAUUGCGGAUUGGCGAGUACAAGGCAAUCAUGCGCAACAGACGCCAAGAGAUGAGGCAAUAUUUUAACGUUGGGCAACAAGCACAGAUUCCAAUUGCUACUGCUGGUGUAGUCUACCCGGGAGCCAUUGCCAUGGCAGGAAUGCCUUCUCCACAUUUGCCCUCAGAGCACUCAAGUGUGUCCAGCAGCCCAGAGCCCGGGAUGCCUGUAAUCCAGAGCACUUACGGUAUCAAAGGCGAAGAGCCUCACAUCAAGGAGGAGAUGCAGACCGAUGAUGUCAAUGGAGAAAUUUAUGAUGAAUAUGAUGAAGAAGAGGAUGACCCUGAUGUGGACUAUGGCAGUGACAGUGAAAAUCACAUUGCAGGGCAAGCCAACUGAUAAGGGUCCAAGUAUUGUAUGACCUAAAGGACUUCAAGGAAAAAAAAAAAAGCCCCAUCUGGUUAAACUUUACCAGUGGUCAAGCACAUUAACUUUCUCAUACACUGACUGUUACUUUAACUGUUAGUCUUAACUAGUUGGGACAUCAGCUGUCUAAUAGACAUCAGCCUGCAUCAAAAAAUGAAAAAGGCUCAGAAGAAAGGAAACAAUGACAACGACGAUGACAACAACAGAAAGAAAUAAGCUAUGGGUAAAAUAAUGCCAGUAAUUCAGCUGCUAUACCCAAGCACUGAAGUCUUACCCGUCGACCUUUUAUUAUUAUUAUUUUUUUCAAAUAAACUUUAUGGCUGUUUGUUCUACAAUGUUCUAGAAAUUCUCACUCAGGUACACAGUGCCAACAAGUGGCUUGUGAAUGUGUUUUGUUGUUUUGUGCUACAGUUUAAAGAGAAAUAAGAUUUUUUUUUGGUAAUGCACCUGACAGGAAAAA